GACUAUAACAUAUCACUGUGCUGAAAUCCCCAAAAGGUCAAGAAAUAUCAUCUUAGAUCAUUGUUUUCCCAACUAAUUUGAGUGAGUGUUUUGUACUUUGGCAAUUUUUUGACAAAUCCCCAAAAUGUUGGUCACACACAAUGUUGUGGAACAUACCCACUGAACAGACCUUUGGAUUUGAAGGCACUGUAGAAGAAAUCAAUUCUAUUUUAUACCAAAAGGUUAUUUUGUCUAGAUUAAGGAUAUAAGUAUAUUUUUAAAAUUUUAAACUGGAAAAAUAUUGCUAUUAUCAUCAUAAUUUUUUCAUGCAGCCUUUUCCAUUACAUUUCAUUGACAUUUUGAGCACCAUGCCUUGGACUACUCCACAGCCCCACUCAUGACUUGUUUCUUCUUCAGACAGUGAUUGCACCAGCCAGAGAGACUUGUUCGUGAACAAAGAAGAGGCAGCAAUGAUGUCUCAGAGUAAAGCCUCUUAUACCUUUGAUGCUCCAACAGCUUUCUUCAAUUUCACAUCUUUGAGUAAUGAAGAUGUAUAUAAUGUGGACUCCUGGUUUGAGGAGAGGGCCAAUUUGGAGAAUAAGCCUCCUGAAGAUGAUGAAGCACCAGAGCCCACCUUUAGGAAGACACCUUUGAGAAAGGCUCACGUACCCCAAGCAGUUGUUAUGCCUUUGAGAUCAGUUGGCAACACUUAUGUAGAAACAGAGAAUCCAUCAGAAGAAUCUGCUCCAUCAAACUCUUGCAACUCACCAGGCUACCAGGAAACUACGUCAAAAAAUGUACCUGUUUUUGGAUCCCUUGUUCCGGGCCAGUCCCAAAGAGUGACUAGAAACAUGUCUGCUAAGAAGAAAUCAGAACAGCGGCAGAAACAUCAGCUCAAAAUGAAAGCAGAGAGACACAUUGUUCCCAUGGUCAGUGAUGAAAUGCCACCUUCUAAGAAAAUGAAAGUCACUGAGGGCAAAAGUAAGUCCAAAGAAGGUAAUGCUUCCAAAAAUGAUACCCAAAAGAGUGAGUCUUCCGUGGGGCGACCUGCAGGCAGAACAGCUGUGUCUUGCACACCACCCAUAAGGAAGAAGGUUCUAAAAAGUACAGAGGAACAAGAGUUGGAGAAGAGACUGAAGAUGCAACAGGAGGUGGUAGAAAUGCGUAAGAAGAACGAGGAGUCCUUGAAAAUAGCUCUAGCAGGGCAGCCUCCAAAGAAAAUUGUCAGCCAAGUAACCAAGUCAGUUGACUUCCACUUCCAUACAGAUGAUAGGAUCAAACAGCACCCAAAAAACCAGGAAGAAUACAAAGAAGUGAAUUUUACUUCUGAACUUCGGAAGCAUGCUCCAUCUCCGGCCCGAGUAGGCAAGGGGCCUACCAUCGCCAAGCCUUUCAAUUUGUCCCAAGGAAAGAAAAGGCCUUUUGAAGAAACAGCUUCUACUUAUGUCCCUCUUGCACAGCAAGUUGAAGCUUUCCAUAAACGAACGCCCAGUAGGUACCACCUGAGAAGCAAGAAAGAUGAUGAGGGUCUCUUACCCUCUAAACCAUCAGUGCUCAAGAUAACAAACCCACAGACUCCUGUAUUUAAAACUAAGCAGCGCGCAAGGCCUGUAACAUGUAAGAGCACUGCUGAAUUGGAAGCAGAGGAACUUGAGAAAAUUCAACAAUACAAAUUCAAAGCACGGGAACUUGACUCUAGAAUCCUUGAAGGUGGGCCCAUACUACCAAAAAAACCUCCUGUAAAGCCACCCACUCAAGCUAUUGGUUUUGACCUAGAAAUUGAGAAAAGGAUACAGGAACGUGAGGGAAAAAAGAAGCCAGAAGAGGAUCACUUUGAGUUUCAUUCUAGACCUUGUCCUACAAAGAUCUUGGAAGAUGUUGUGGGUAUUCCAGAGAAGAAACAACUCCCUACUACAAUUCCAAAAUCUCCUGCCUUUGCCCUGAAGAACAGAGUCCGUGUGUUCACCAGAGAAGAUGAGGAAGAAGAACCAGAACCAGCAGUGAUCAGAGCUCACCCUGUGCCACACUAUGGGGUACCCUUUAAGCCCCGAAUCCCAGAGCAGAGGACUGUGGAGAUUUGCCCCUUCUCCUUUGAUUCCCGGGACAAAGAACGGCAAUUACAAAAAGAGAAGAAAGUAAAGGAACUACAAAAAGGAGAGGUGCCUAAAUUCAAGGCACAUCCCCUGCCUCACUUUGACACUAUCAGUCUUCCAGAGAAGAAAGUGAAGAAUCCAACCCAGCUUGAACCUUUCCACCUACAGACAGAUGAGAGAGGAGCUCUUAAGGCUCAGACCUGGAAGCAGCAGCUUGAAGAAGAUUUAAAGCAGCAGAAAGAAGCAGCUUGCUUCAAAGCUCGUCCAAACACUGUCAUCCAUCAGGAGCCCUUUGUCCCCAAAAAGGAAAAAAAGCCAGUAUCAGAGGACCUUUCUGGUUCCAUAGUUCAGGAACCUUUUCAGCUGGCCACAGAAAGGAGGGCCAGAGAACGACAGGAAUUUGAGAAACAAAUAGCUGAGAUUGAAGCACAGAAAGCCCAGAAGCUUGAGGAAGCCAGGCAGCGGGAAGAAGAGCAGAAGAAAGAAGAACUAGCUAAACUGCGGCAAGAACUGGUACACAAGGCGAAUCCUAUCCGCAAAUACCAGAGUGUACAAGUGAAGCCCAGUGAUCAGCCCUUGACCUUACCAGUAUCUCCCAAGUUUUCUACCAGAUUCCAGUGUUAAGCUACAGCUUCCUGUGUUUGCAUGUGCUCUUUCCAUGUGGGAGAUGGACGCACAGUCUACUACAAGUCAAGAGUCUUUUCAUGCUUUUAUCACUGGGCAUGUUGGACACAUUUCUACCAACUGUCUUAAUUGUGUUUCACUCUUGAAGACUUUCAGACUUUGGAAUUAAUUCAAGAAAACCAUUAUGAUGUCCAUAAUGGAUUUUGUCCAAUCUAGCCACACAGUUGCUUCCUUUCAGCACAGAUUGGUCAUUAAUGUGGGUCUUAAUUCUUCUAAUACAAAUUUCAACAUAGUGUAACCUAUUAGCUCAUUCUUUUUUUAAAACAAGAAAAUAAAGAUACUUAUAUUUAGAGACUCA